UUAAUUUCCCAUGAGCUAUGUAAAAGCACGUGACCCACUGUGGCCAAUGGCGUCCCAGCUCUGAAAAAGUGGGUUAACGUCUGCGGGAAAGGCUGAGCGCCGCGCGUGAACACCAUCUCAGACAGCAGCUCUAUUACUCUCAUAAUGCCCAAGUCAAAAGAGGUGCUGUCGUCGUCCUCCUCUGGCAGUGACUCAGACAGUGAGGUCGAGACAAAGGCGAAGAGGAAGGCUCCUGCAGCACAAGAGAAACCGGCAAAGAAGCAGAAGAGUGGCGAGAGCUCCCGGGCAGGUGGCCCCUCCAAAGGUGGCAAGAGCAAGGAUGACAACAUGUUCCAGAUUGGGAAGAUGAGGUAUGUCAGCGUCAGGGACUUCAAAGGCAAAGUGUUGAUCGACAUCCGCGAGUACUGGAUGGAUCAGGAGGGAGAAAUGAAGCCGGGCCGCAAAGGCAUUUCCUUGAAUCCAGAGCAGUGGAACCAAUUGAAGGAGCAGAUCUCUGAAAUCGAUGACGCUGUGAGGAGAAUAUAAGCUUUAUAGCCAGAAGAUGGUGCUGUUUAGUUCUUCCUUUAGUGUUUUUAGAUUUUACCACCAACCUUUACACUGACGUACAAGUGUUUUAUAAAGGACUGAUUUUUUUAAAAAUGA